CUGAACGUGUUUGUGUCUCCUCACUGCUGUAACAACCUAUUUCAACCUGCGUCAGGAAAUAAUAAGUGAAUAAGCAUGUCAAGAGGAGAAAUCAUCGUUCUUAUUUUGUCUUUGCUGUUUGAGGCUUCACUGAAGCAACUAUGUGAAAGGGAGACAGACUGUCCCAAAGACAACCAGCAUGUUUUCAGUUCAUCUACAACAGAAAUCCCACGCUUCCUGAAACCAGGUGUCACUGAGUUUUUUUUUUUGUCAAGCCAGAUUGAAACAAUCCCCAAAGGAGCCUUUGUUGAAAACCCGCAGCUUGAAAAGGUGGAGUUACUGUCCACCACCACGACAUCUAUUGAACCGGGAGCUUUUGAAGGUUUGGUAGACCUCAAGCAUAUUGAGAUCUCAAGCACUCCAUUAACGUGGAUCCCAGUGGGAGUCUUUAAAGACCUCGGCAACCUAGAGACGAUUAGUCUAAAGCUUAACAAGCUCCGUAGUCUGGAAAAAGGCUUGUUUGAUGGCCUUGACAAAUUAACAGAGCUCCAGUUACAUGGGAACGACAUCGGAUCGAUCGAAGAUGGGACAUUUGAUGGCCUGGAGAACCUCUUGAUGCUUCAUUUGGCUAAAAACAAUCUCUCUGCUGUAUCAACCCACUGGUUUUCAAAUUUGAAUAAACUGCAGAUACUACGACUUUACGAGAAUCAGCUGACCUCGGUUCCUGAAGACAUUUUCCAGAAUUUGCCAAACUUGAAGGAAAUUAGCUUGCAUGGAAACCAAAUAGCAGAAUUGUCACCUAAUCUAUUUCCACAUAAAGACAAACUCAAUAAACUGCUUCUGGAGAAUAAUCUUCUUACAGGUUUGCCUGAAGGAUUCUUCGUUGGCUUCCCUCAGCUUAAAACGCUGACCUUACGGAAAAAUAAACUGACAAGUCUACCACCUGUGCUUUUUGGAGAAAUGCCUAAAUUGACAGAUUUGAGCCUCAGUCAAAACAGUCUUAGCACUAUUCCUAAAGGAGUAUUUAGCCCUCUGAAGAAACUCAAGAAGUUAGAUCUGUCUAAAAAUCAGUUUGUAAAGGUGUAUGCUGAGUACCUUGAAGGCCCUGAGAAGCUGGUAGAUCUGAAUCUACAAAACAACAAGAUAAAGUCGCUGGAUGCAGAUCUGUUUGAAAAGCUACAAUCGGUGGUCACACUCAGGCUGGCUCACAAUGACCUCCAUACUCUUCCAGAGGAUAUUUUUGACCCUUUAUUAAAACUGAAGAGACUUUACCUCAAUGACAACCCGUGGCGAUGUGACUGUAAUCUGAUUCCUCUUCACCUCUGGAUAAAAGCAAACUCUGACAAGAUUGUGUCUGCUGCUGUCUGUGAGUAUCCAGAACAUCUAAAAGGGCAGAAUAUUAAAUCAUUAACAGAGGAUCAAUUUAUUUGCCCCACCCUUCCCCCCACUACCACAACAUUUCCCACUACAGAACCAACAACCACAGUUACUACCACAACACCACUUCUAACAACACCUACCACCACUUUACCAACCACCACUCCCACCACUACACACCCAACUACAGAACCAACUAGCACAACACCAACAACCACCUUUCCAACCACAACUAUAACAACAACCCCCGUAUUAACCACAACACUAGCCACAACAAUACCAACAACUACGAUUCUGCAAACAACUACACCCACAACCACACCCAUUAUUACGACAACUCUACCUAUGACGACAACAAUCACACCCACAACCACCAUAAUGACAACCCUACCUACAACCCUUCCUACAACCACACCAACAAACACUAUUAUGACAACCCUUCCUACGACCACAACAACACCCACAACCACAAUUAUGACAACUGUAUUAACCACCACAAUAGCAACCACACCCACAACCACUAUAACAACAACUCUACCCAAGACAACCACACCCACUAUUAUGACAACUAUUUUGACAACUGUAGCUAUGACAACAACCACUUUAACGACAACUGUACCUACUACCACGACAACAACCACACCCAGAUCCACCAUUACGACAACUGUACCUUCAACCACGACAACCGCAACCACUUUUCCAUCCAUCACCACCACCACAACAACUAUGUCCACAACCGCCCUUACCACUACCCAACCUACCACCUCCCAAACAACAACGCCUUUUCCUCAAACCACUCCAGUGAUCUUCACCUGUCCCAUGGAGCCAAUCAGUCAGGAGCCAUCGCCUUCCUUCACACAUCAGUACAGAAACAAAGUUCAGGGGUGCAAAUCUCAGAUGAUGAUCUACACCACACUGCUGGUGUUGGAGAUCACUUGCACACUGGUGCUGGCGAGGUUUACCCUGUCCCUCUACCGACUGCUGCAGCGCAGGGAGAGUAAGAACCAGAGGGUUGAACUAACCCGGUUCUCCUACAGGAGGGAGGUCAUCCUCAGGCCUCUACAUCAUGAGCUGGAGAAGAUUAGUCAAGGAGUGGAAGAUGGUUGGUGGAAGCUUAUUUAUGGAGUUCCUGCCAAGGUUCAGGAAGGAAUAAGCAUGUCAAGAGGAGAAAUCAUCGUUCUUAUUUUGUCUUUGCUGUUUGAGGCUUCACUGAACCAACUAUGUGAAAGGGAGACAGACUGUCCCAAAGACAACCAGCAUGUUUUCAGUUCAUCUACAACAGAAAUCCCACGCUUCCUGAAACCAGGUGUCACUGAGUUUUUUUUUUUGUUAAGCCAGAUUGAAACAAUCCCCAAAGGAGCCUUUGUUAAAAACCCGCAGCUUGAAAAGGUGGAGUUACUGUCCACCACCACGACAUCUAUUGAACCGGGAGCUUUUGAAGGUUUGGUAGACCUCAAGCAUAUUGAGAUCUCAAGCACUCCAUUAACGUGGAUCCCAGUGGGAGUCUUUAAAGACCUCGGCAACCUAGAGAGGAUUAUCCUAAAGCUUAACAAGCUCCGUAGUCUGGAAAAAGGCUUGUUUAAUGGCCUUGACAAAUUAACAGAGCUCCAGUUACAUGGGAACGACAUCGGAUCGAUCGAAGAUGGGACAUUUGAUGGCCUGGAGAACCUCUUGAUGCUUCAUUUGGCUAAAAACAAUCUCUCUGCUGUAUCAACCCACUGGUUUUCAAAUUUGAAUAAACUGCAGAUACUACGACUUUACGAGAAUCAGCUGACCUCGGUUCCUGAAGACAUUUUCCAGAAUUUGCCAAACUUGAAGGAAAUUAGCUUGCAUGGAAACCAAAUAGCAGAAUUGUCACCUAAUCUAUUUCCACAUAAAGACAAACUCAAUAAACUGCUUCUGGAGAAUAAUCUUCUUACAGGUUUGCCUGAAGGAUUCUUCGUUGGCUUCCCUCAGCUUAAAACGCUGACCUUACGGAAAAAUAAACUGACAAGUCUACCACCUGUGCUUUUUGGAGAAAUGCCUAAAUUGACAGAUUUGAGCCUCAGUCAAAACAGUCUUAGCACUAUUCCUAAAGGAGUAUUUAGCCCUCUGAAGAAACUCAAGAAGUUAGAUCUGUCUAAAAAUCAGUUUGUAAAUGUGUAUGCUGAGUACUUUGAAGGCCCUGAGAAGCUGGUAGAUCUGAAUCUACAAAACAACAAGAUAAAGGCGCUGGAUGCAGAUCUGUUUGAAAAGCUACAAUCGGUGGUCACACUCAGGCUGGCUCACAAUGACCUCCAUACUCUUCCAGAGGAUAUUUUUGACCCUUUAUUAAAACUGAAGAAUCUUUACCUCAAUGACAACCCGUGGCGAUGUGACUGUAAUCUGAUUCCUCUUCACCUCUGGAUAAAAGCAAACUCUGACAAGAUUGUGUCUGCUGCUGUCUGUGAGUAUCCAGAACAUCUAAAAGGGCAGAAUAUUAAAUCAUUAACAGAGGAUCAAUUGAUUUGCCCCACCCUUCCCCCCACUACCACAACAUUUCCCACUACAGAACCAACAACCAUCGUUACUACCACAACAACAAUUCUAACAACACCUACCACCACUUUGCCAACCACCACUCCCACCACUACACUUCCAACUACAGAACCAACUAGCACAACACCAACAACCACCUUUCCAACCACAACUAUACCAACAACCCCCGUCUUAACCACAUCACUAGCCACAACAAUACCAACAACUACGAUUCUGCAAAUAACUACACCCACAACAACUACCACAACCACUAUUAUGACAACAAUACCCACAACUAUGACAACAACCACACCCACAACCACCAUAAUGACAACCCUACCUACAACCACCACAACAACCACACCCACUAUUACGACAACUCUACCUACAACGACCACACCCACAACCACCAUAAUGACGACUGUAUUAACCACCACAACAGCAACCACACCCACAACCACUAUAACAACAACCCUACCCAAGACAACCACAACCACUAUUAUGACAGCUAUUUUGACAACUGUACCUACUACCAGGACAACAACCACACCCACAACCACUUUUCCACCCACCACCACCACCACCACCACCACCACAACUAUGUCCAAAUCUCAGAUGAUGAUCUACACACUGCUGGUGUUGGAGAUCACUUGCACACUGGUGCUGGCGAGGUUUACCCUGUCCCUCUACCGACUGCUGCAGCGCAGGGAGAGUAAGAACCAGAGGGUUGAACUAACCCAAUUCUCCUAGAGGAGGGAGGUCAUCCUCGGACCUCUGCAUAAGGCAGCAACUGGAUGAAUGUAAAUAACAACUGCCCCUUGAGAGAAAGCUCACUUGUUUGGUGCAAAAGAUGGUAAAUGAGCACAUGUGCAACCAUAUGAUCUGCCAAGGCAUUCUUAGGUAAUAAAAUGAACCCUCUACUUGUUUAUAUAAUGUAUGUGUGUAUAUAACAUAUUAACAUCAAUACAAUAUUAAAUACAAAUAUAACUAAAAGUUAUGUCAUACAUUUCCAAUGUUAACCUAUUGAUCACAUGUUUUAGCAGGCUGUUUAUCAAUGAAACAAGGAAAUGUAUCAUCAUGAAAGUCUUUGAUUGUAAAGGAUUUUUGAGAGAAAAAAAAUUCAUAAAUAAAAACAUGUUAUGUGGUUAAUAAAUAGUAAAGUUGUCAAAAGAAAAAAUCUUCCUGGAUAUCUGUUUUACUGCACUCGGGUACAAAAAAAACACCCUCUUACAGCAGGGGGAGACAGAGAUCCAUGAAAUGAUGUCCCAUUCACAGAUAACAGAAGGAGUUUAGGAAACUUGAUCUCAGACAAUCUAUGUGUCUGCAAGUUAGAUGAAAUUGUAAUAAAUUGGAUGAAAUGUAUAGUUGUUUCUUUUAGAGUUAAGCAAUAAAGCUUUAUCUUUUGUUACAGUAGAAAUGUUGAUUGCUGCAAACUGUAUUGCACAAUGGAUCUUUACAGCUAAACAAAUUAAUCCAAGAGGUUAACUCAUUAUGUGGCAGAGUGAAAGACAGUGUGCAGGCUCUGGGUGUGCGUUGGUACAGUACGGUUGUCUACCUGAUAACUAAAGGUUAAAUACAUUAAUUAGGCCUUUUAUUAGAUAGUAGCACAGAAAGAGAACAGUAGGGCAGAUUCAUUAACCUGUCUGUGUGAACAUGUCUGUGUGU